AUGUCUGACGCAACAAGCGCCUCGUUGCUUCUGAAACACCUAAAAGGCCGCCCUGCAGGAAAAUUCACGCCGACAGCCUACACACUGGCUGCAGAUAGCCUGCAGAAUGGGGGGCUCUCAGUGUCUGUGUCGAGAACGCAACGAACGAGCCAGCCACACACAGGACAGGUGGAACUGGAGAGCACGACAUGGUCUCAGGUCACAUUCGUUCCCGAAAUAGAACAGGAGCAGACAAGAACCGAGGAGAACAAAGAGCGAGAGGGGAAGCACGAGAGAGAAUUACAGCGAGCGGCAUAA